AUGGUGGCCGCCCUCAUCUUUGCGCUCAUCCCGCCUGUAGCGACAGCAAAUGUGAUUUUCAUCUUCCUGUUUCCAUCAUACACGUCCUCUGACUGCUCUUUCCUGCACAAGGGCUUCGUCGUCGGGGUAGUCGUUCCAUCCUCCUUCUUCUUUUCGCAAUUCUGUUCGCGACAGUCCUGUCUGAUUAUGAUGGGCCCUAACCGACACCCACGCAAAGUCGCACGGCUUCUCACCUUGUCGAUGAUCCUGGACAGCUUUGCUAGGAGGAUAUUGCUCUGCGGCGUGCAAGAUUUGGGCCUGAUCUUUCUAUCCAGCCUGGUCCUGGGUCUUGGUGAUACCAUAGCCCAGAUCACUGUAGAUCUGCGCGACGGUCUGGUAUAUUCCUGCCUGAGCUGCAGCACUUCAGACUACAAGCUCUUUGAGCACCCUGGCCGGCGCCGCCUUCGCGCAGACUCCUUGCUCCUGCACUACAUGUCUGAGCACCUGGCCAUCGUAUGCCUCUCGGGCUUCGCAAUCCUGGUCCAGAUAAUCAACUUAAAGCGCCCCUUGCCGGAUGUGCUUUGGUCUCUGGUGGCCUUGGUUCUUCAGAUGGCAGUGCGACUGUUUUUUGACCUCAUCGUCUUCUGCACGGAGGGUCAGGUGGGCUGCAUUGCCAGAGCACUCUUUCGGCUUUCACAGUGGCACGGCAUUGCAGUGCUGGAGGUCUGGCGGAAGUGUCGUAGAGAGCUUCUCUUCUUUUCCAUGCAUAUGGCCCUCACCGCUGCGGUUUAUGGGCAGUACUUCUUCAAGUCCUUCUUCGAGAAGUCGCUUGCACUGGAGCCUGAAAACCAUUGGCCCCAUUGGGGCGUGAUGAAGUAG